AAACAAUCCUUUUCGUCUUCCUCUCCUCAUCGAUCACUCUCCUGCAAAUUCUUCUACGGCGACGGGAACGAUGAAUCCACCGGAUAAAAUCCCAGAUAAUGUCCCCUUUAUAGCUCAGUCUCAAUUCUCUACUCUUCCUCCACAGUCGAGCUCAAAUCUCAAUGUAGAAACAAGUUUGAAUCCAUUUCCGAAUUCGAUCUCUACCUCAAUCUCUAACCCUAGUUUUGAGCAGAUGGUCUCAUUCUCCGCGCCAAAGAAACGAAGGAGAGGCCGUUCUCAGCGCUCAGUGUCGUCGCUUAAUACCCUCCCCGUCCCUAACGUAGGUGUUCUUCCAGGUCACACUAAUUUUGUGUCAUCUUCAGCUUCUUCCUCCGGUAGAUUUAACGUAGAGGUCGUCAAUGGAUCGAACCAGACUGUGAAAAGUUAUCCUGGGAUUGGUGAUGAGAUCAUUACGAUUAACAAGGAGGCUACCACCGAAGCUUUGCUUGCUCUCACAGCUGGGUUUCCUGCUGAUUCGCUUACCGAGGAAGAGAUUGAAUUCGGUGUGGUCCCUGUGGUUGGAGGCAUUGAACAAGUCAAUUACAUCUUGAUUAGGAACCACAUCAUAUCCAAAUGGCGAGAAAAUAUAUCUAGUUGGGUCACAAAGGAGAUGUUUUUCGAUUCUAUUCCUAAACAUUGCAGUAGUCUCUUGGAUUCGGCUUAUAAUUACUUGGUUACACAUGGAUAUAUAAAUUUUGGAAUAGCACAGGCAAUUAAAGAUAAGUUUCCUGCUCAAUCAAGCAAGUCUAGUGUGGUUAUAGUGGGUGCUGGAUUGUCUGGGUUGGCUGCAGCUAGGCAACUGAUGAGGUUUGGGUUUAAAGUCACGGUUUUGGAGGGUAGGAAACGACCCGGUGGACGGGUUUAUACCAAAAAGAUGGAAGCUAAUAGGGUAGGUGCUGCAGCGGAUUUAGGUGGGAGUGUUUUGACUGGAACAUUAGGAAAUCCUCUAGGGAUUAUUGCCAGACAGCUGGGCUCUUCUCUUUAUAAGGUACGAGAUAAGUGUCCUCUUUAUAGAGUGGAUGGUAAACCGGUUGAUCCAGAUGUGGAUAUGAAGGUUGAGGUAGCUUUUAACCAGCUUCUAGACAAGGCAAGUAAACUUAGGCAGUUGAUGGGUGAUGUUUCCAUGGAUGUCUCCCUUGGGGCAGCACUCGAGACAUUCAGGCAGGUUUCUGGGAAGGAUUUGGCCACCGAGGAGAUGGGUUUGUUUAACUGGCAUCUUGCUAACUUGGAAUAUGCAAAUGCGGGCCUAGUAUCAAAGCUUUCUCUUGCAUUCUGGGAUCAAGAUGACCCAUAUGAUAUGGGUGGAGACCACUGCUUUCUGCCUGGAGGAAAUGGAAGGCUGGUUCAGGCUUUGGCUGAAAAUGUACCAAUCUUAUAUGAGAAGACCGUCCAAACAAUCAGAUAUGGUUCAAAUGGUGUCAAGGUAAUUGCUGGAAAUCAAGUGUAUGAGGGUGAUAUGGUGCUGUGUACAGUUCCCCUUGGUGUUCUUAAGAACGGAUCCAUCAAAUUUGUUCCCGAAUUACCUCAGAGAAAGCUUGAUUGUAUAAAGAGAUUAGGUUUUGGGUUACUGAACAAAGUUGCAAUGCUCUUUCCGUAUGUAUUUUGGAGCACAGAUCUCGAUACCUUUGGGCAUCUUACUGAGGAUCCGAACUAUCGAGGUGAAUUCUUUCUGUUCUAUAGCUACGCACCUGUUGCUGGUGGUCCUCUCUUGAUCGCGUUGGUUGCGGGAGAAGCUGCUCAUAAGUUUGAGACAAUGCCACCCACUGACGCAGUGACUCGUGUUCUUCAUAUUCUUAGGGGUAUUUAUGAACCUCAAGGUAUAAUUGUCCCUGAUCCACUACAAACGGUCUGCACCAGAUGGGGUGGGGAUCCAUUCAGUUUAGGAUCUUACUCCAAUGUUGCAGUGGGAGCUUCAGGCGAUGAUUACGAAAUAUUAGCAGAAAGUGUCGGAGAUGGAAGGCUUUUCUUCGCCGGAGAAGCCACGACAAGGCGAUACCCUGCAACCAUGCAUGGAGCUUUUGUUACUGGUCUGAGAGAAGCUGCAAACAUGGCUCAAUCUGCAAAGGCCCGAGGCAUAAGGAAAAGAAUCGAUAGGAACCCAUCAAAGAAUGCUCAUUCCUGUGCCAUUCUUCUUGCAGAUUUAUUCAGGGACCCUGAUCUAGAGUUUGGGAGUUUUUCCAUAAUCUUUAGUAGGAGGAAUCCAGACCCAAAAUCUCCUGCAAUUUUGAGGGUAACUCUAAGCGAACCUCGUAAGAGAAACGAGGACCCAAAAGCAGAUCAACACUCAAACAAGAUACUGUUUCAGCAGCUUCAGUCUCAUUUCAACCAACAGCAACAGAUUCAGGUGUAUACAUUAUUAACUAGACAACAGGCUCUUGACCUGAGAGAAGUCAGAGGUGGUGAUGAAAAGCGACUUUACUAUCUCUGUGAAACACUUGGAGUGAAACUGGUGGGGAGAAAAGGUCUUGGUAUUGGAGCUGAUUCAGUCAUUGCUUCUAUUAAAGCCGAGCGUACCGGUCGCAAGCUACCAUCAUCAUCUACCUCAGGCACAAAAUCUGGUAUAUUAAAAGCAAAAUCCGGUGCACUGAAGCGGAAGAUGAUCAGAAGGAUUAAAGGACCAGUGCCGCUGAAGCAAAGUAAUAACAAUGGCGUCUCAGAGAGUAUAAAAUCAGAGUCUUUAGGUAAUGGCAAAGCCUCAGAGCAACAAGAACCUAGAAUAGUAGAGUCGAUAGGAGGAGGUAGCAGCAUGCAGGGGGAAAGCAAGUCUUUGGGCACAGGAGUUGCAUCGAGUUCUUCUGGUGGUUCCUUACAUGGUGGUGAGACGAUGAAAAAGAUGGAACAAUGAAUGAACACUUGCUGCUUCUGGAGAAUCCCUGUUUGAUACAACAUCUGUAGUUCAUAAUCCAUUACUAUUGUAACAAAUUUAAUUAUAAAAUUUUAACAAAUGAUAAUUUGUCUA